CAACCUACGAUUUCGAAAACCCAAAAUCAGAUCAGAUUCUUCCAUUUCUCCAAGCGGUUCUUUUCCGGCCGCUACGGUUUCAUACUUUGCGAGAGGGUUUUGUAGAUCAAUCUUCCUAUAAUCAUCAUCAAUAUGGGGCAACAAUCUUUGAUCUAUAGUUUUGUGUCCAGAGGGACCGUGAUUCUUGCAGAGUACACAGAGUUCACCGGAAAUUUCACCUCUAUUGCUUCCCAAUGCCUCCAGAAGCUUCCCGCAACUAACAAUAAGUUCACAUACAAUUGCGAUGGGCACACCUUCAAUUACCUUGUUGAAGAUGGCUUUACAUACUGUGUUGUGGCUGCUGAAUCUGCUGGCCGACAAGUGCCCAUGGCUUUUCUUGAGCGAACCAAGGACGACUUUAACAAGAAAUAUGGUGGUGGCAAAGCUGCUACAGCUGUUGCCAAUAGUCUUAACAAAGAAUUCGGACCCAAACUGAAGGAGCAGAUGCAGUAUUGUGUAGAUCAUCCUGAUGAAAUCAGCAAGCUCUCAAAGGUCAAAGCCCAGGUUUCAGAAGUCAAAGGUGUGAUGAUGGAGAACAUUGAAAAGGUUUUGGAUCGAGGCGAGAAGAUAGAGCUCCUUGUGGAUAAAACAGAGAAUCUUCGAUCUCAGGCACAAGAUUUUAGGACACAGGGUACACAGAUAAGGAGGAAAAUGUGGCUGCAAAAUAUGAAGAUAAAACUAAUAGUUCUUGGAAUCAUCAUUGCCUUGAUUCUGAUUAUAGUUCUCUCAGUUUGUGGUGGCUUCAGUUGUGGCAAGUGAAAGUGAAGUGAAGCUCAUAUAUAAUAUGGUAAAACUUUGUUUAAUUUGUUUUUGUAUUUAUUAAAAAGCCUAUUAUGUUGCAAGAUUGCGUGUAUAUUUUUGUACUUUUAAGACCAUUGAAACAACUUUAUUGCUCUUUGGUCUUUUAACUUGUAGUAGAAUAAUGUUAACAUGUUUGUAAGAGGAUGAAGUUGUAGGAGUGCAU